UUCAGCUAAAUCACUAGUGUAUCGAUGUGCGUAAGCGCAGCUCGCCUCUUUCGGUUUUGGAGGCUCAAGCGAAGUAAACGAUUCAAGAACAUACGCAAAUUAUUUAAGCAUGGAUAAAUUCGGGUUCGUCGUCUUUUGCUUACUGAUACAUCAAGGCCACCUCCGCAGUCUGCCUGAGGAAGACUCAGUGGUUAGCGUUUACACAAAGGAAGCAGCACCAGGUGUGGACGUCUACCAUCAGAUCGCGAAUAAUAUUGCUGAGAGGAUCACAUCACCAAUUUACAGAUUUCUCGGUUACAAUCGCACUACAGCCGCUCCAGAAACGACAACAAAACACAACUGGGACAAAAUAGAAAUCUUAGAAACUCAAAACGCGAAAUCUUUUCCGCCUGUGAAUAACGAUAUAGGAGAAAAAGACGUUGAAGAAUUAUCGGAAGACGUAAAGAAAACCGAGAGAAAACCAGAGAAAUUUACGCUAUAUUCUAAUUACUUGCCCCUUGGUAAGUUAGAAUUUGAUAGUAAUAAUGGUACUAAAGAUGAUGAUGAUGAUUUUGGUUUCGAUGAUAUAGAAGGUGAUGAAGAUGUUAGGCCACGGCAAGGGCCAUUUACAUUCGUUUUGGAGCUGAUGUCCAGUUUGAUUCAGUUAAUUUAUGGCGGGUUUGUGGCGAUAUUCCAGAGGAGACCUGCGCAAACUAGUUAGAUAUUUUUUUAGAUACUACGUAAUAUUAAUUAAAAUACUAAAUCUGUAAUAUUAAAUAGCAUCGAUUCAGUGGGAUCAUGGAUCCUCCUGCAACUCAAAAACCCUAAUUCUCUAUAUAUAUGUAAUUGGACAAUUCAUAUAACAUAAUUGAUAAAGUAGAAAAACAUACUUUUAGAUAACUACGUUUCAUACUCUCAAUUUGAAACCCAAGACAGAUGUCGCUUUAUUAAAUAUUUAUUACUGAUUUAUAAGAAAUAGUUAAUUAUCUAAAUUUAAAUUAGAAUUGGAAUGCAGGUCAUACUUUCGACUUUACUGCAUGUUUUAUAACAUAUUAUAUA